UCGGCCGCCUCUGAAACGCGGUGCGGAUAACGCCAGCGGGAGAGGCGACCGCGCGAGUAGUUCCGCUCCGAGGGCGGAAGUGCGCGCCCAGGUCUCGGCCUUGGCCCAGCCAGCAGCAUGGUUGCGCCGGUGCUGGAGUUAACUCACGUGUUUUGCUGCCCAAACCGGGUGCGGGGCGCUCUAAGCUGGAGCUCCAGGCCCGGGGGACUUUUGGCCUUCGGCACGUCCUGUUCCGUGGUGCUGUAUGACCCUCAGAAAAGAGUUGUUAUUACCAACCUGAAUGGUCACACUGCUCGAGUCAAUUGCGUACAGUGGAUUUGUAACCAAGAUGGUUCUUCUUCUACCGAAUUAGUUUCUGGAGGAUCUGAUAAUCAAGUGAUUCACUGGGAAAUAGAGAAUAAUCAGCUUUUAAAAGCGGUCCAUCUCCAAGGCCAUGAAGGACCUGUUUAUGCAGUGCAUGCUCUCUACCAGAGGAGGGCAUCAGAUGUUGAAUUACAUACACUGAUAGUUUCUGCAGCUUCUGAUUCUACCGUUCGAAUCUGGUCUAAAAAGGGUUCAGAAGUAACAUGCCUUCAGACCUUGAACUUUGAAAAUGGAUUCACUCUGGCUCUCUGCUUAUCUUACUUGCCUAAUACUGAUGUACCAAUAUUAGCAUGUGGCGAUGAUGAUUGCAAAAUUCACUUAUUCGUUCAAAGAGAUGACCAGUUUCAGAAAGUGCUUUUGCUCUGUGGACAUGAGGAUUGGAUAAGAGGCGUGGAAUGGGCAACCUUUGGUAGAGAUCUUUUCCUAGCAAGCUGUUCACAAGAUUGCCUAAUACGAAUAUGGAGGCUAUAUAUAAAAUCAACAUCUUUAGAAACUCAAGAUGAUGAUAAUAUAAAACUGAAGGAAAAUACUUUUACAAUAGAAAAAGAAAGUAUUAAAAUAGCAUUUGCAGUUACUCUGGAGACUGUGCUGGCUGGUCAUGAAAACUGGGUAAAUGCAGUUCAUUGGCAGCCUUCAUUCUACAAAGAUGGUGUUCUUCAGCAGCCAAUGAGAUUGUUGUCCGCCUCAAUGGAUAAAACCAUGAUUCUCUGGGCUCCAGAUGAAGAGUCAGGAGUUUGGCUAGAACAGGUUCGAGUAGGUGAAGUAGGUGGAAAUACUCUGGGAUUUUAUGAUUGCCAGUUCAAUGAAGAUGGUUCCAUGAUCAUUGCUCAUGCUUUCCAUGGAGCAUUGCACCUUUGGAAACAGAAGGCGGCGAACCCAAGAGAGUGGACUCCAGAGAUUGUUAUUUCAGGACACUUUGAUGGUGUCCAAGACCUAAUGUGGGAUCCAGAAGGAGAGUUUAUCAUCACUGUUGGUACUGACCAGACAACUCGGCUUUUUGCUCCGUGGAAGAGAAAAGACCAGUCACAGGUGACUUGGCAUGAAAUUGCCAGGCCUCAGAUACAUGGCUAUGACCUGAAAUGUUUGGCAAUGAUUCGUCGGUUUCAGUUUGUAUCUGGAGCAGAUGAAAAAGUUCUUCGAGUAUUUUCUGCACCUCGGAAUUUUGUGGAAAAUUUUUGUGCCAUUACGGGCCAAUCACUGGAUCUUGUGCUUUGUAAUCAAGACGGUGAUCUUCCAGAAGGAGCUACUGUCCCUGCUUUGGGGUUAUCAAAUAAAGCUGUCUUUCAGGGAGAUACAGCUUCUCAGCCUUCUGAUGAAGAGGAACUGUUAACUAGUAGUUUCGAGUAUCAACCAGUGGCCUUUCACCCCUCCAUCCUUACAGAACCUCCCACUGAGGAUCAUCUUCUGCAGAAUACUUUAUGGCCUGAAGUUCAAAAACUAUAUGGACAUGGUUAUGAAAUAUUUUGUGUUGCUUGUAGCAAUUCAAAGGCCCUGCUUGCCUCAGCAUGUAAGGCAGCUAAGAAAGAGCAUGCAGCCAUCAUUCUUUGGAACACGACAUCUUGGAAACAGGUGCAGAAUUUAGUUUUUCACAGUUUGACUGUCACGCAGAUGGCCUUCUCACCUAACGACAAGUUCUUACUAGCUGUUUCCAGAGAUCGAACCUGGUCACUGUGGAAAAGGCAGGACACAAUCUCACCUGAGUUAGACCCAGUUUUCAGCCUCUUCGCCUUCACCAACAAGGUAACUGCUGUGCACAGUAGAAUUAUUUGGUCUUGUGAUUGGAGUCCUGAUAGCAAAUAUUUCUUCACUGGGAGUCGGGACAAAAAGGUGGUUGCGUGGGGUGAGUGCGACUCCAGUGAUGACUCCAUGGAGCACAGCAUCGGGCCCUGCUCCUCGGUCCUGGACGUGGGCGGAGCAGUGACAGCCGUUGGCGUCUGCCCGCUGCUCAGCCUUUCCCAACGAUACGUUGUUGCAGUAGGAUUAGAGUGUGGAAAGAUUUGUUUAUACACCUGGAAAAAGACUGAUCAAGUUCCAGAAAUAAAUGACUGGACCCACUGUGUAGAAACAAGUCAAAGCCAAAGUCAUACACUUGCUAUCAAAAAAUUAUGCUGGAAGAAUUGUAAUGGAAAAACUGAACAGAAUGAAGCAGAAGGCGCCGAAUGGUUACACUUUGCAAGUUGUGGUGAAGAUCACACUGUGAAGAUAUACAAAGUUAACAGAUGUGCAUUGUGAUGGGCUUAAUAACUAUGGGCAUGUCGUCAUUGGUGUCUUAAGAUAUUUAUCCUGUAAAUAGAUGACUUUCUUUAUGUUGUAAUUUCAUCGAGUUUCAUUUUGAAGUCCUACAGCAGUAGAACUUUUUGGGUCACAGACCCUUUGAAAUCUGAUGAAAGCUGCAGACUCUUUCCUCACAGAUGUACAUAUGCACACACCCUCAGAACCUGGCCCACACUUUCAGGGAUUCAGACUUGCAUCCAUGUGCCCCAGAUUAAGAACCUCUUUGGAAAAAAAAAAAGAACCUCUCUUUGUUUGUUUUUUUUUUUAAGAUUUUAUUUAUUUGUCAGAGCACAAGCAGAGGGAGCGGCAGGCAGAGGGAGAAGCAGGCUCCCUGCUGAGCAGGGAGUCCGAUGUAGGACUCAAUCCCAGGAUCCCGGGAUCAUGACCUGAGCCGAAGGCAGACGCUUAACCAGCUGAGGCACCCUGGUGUCCUGAACCUCUGUUUAUUCUUUCUUUUUGAACGAAUUUACCUAAUUUUAUGUUAUUUUGGUCCUUUUCUUGUCAUAUGCCCUUCUUUGGGACAUUUCAUUAUUUAUUACCCUCUUCAAAGAAAGGACAUAGAAAAUAAAAAGAAAACCCAGAUUACUCAAUUUUUAUUUUAACAGUUUUUUAAAUAAACAGACAACACUUUGUGUGGUCUUGCCCUUUCUUCCAGUACACACCCACCAUUCUAGGAAUUUGGCAGGCAGUUGUGAAUUUGAACUGCAGUUAGUUCUUUCUUGUAUUCUUUAAAAGUACGUAGAUUCUUCUUUUACAGUUUGACUGAAAGUAGACUAUCCUGACAUUUACCCUGAUCGAUGUAGGGGCUGAAAAGGAGAGUUGUGUCUGAAUCAUGAGUUGAUGUGAAGUCACAUACAUGAGUCAUGAGAGAAAGGAUGCCCCUGAAGGUGAGUGUGUAGUGGGAGCAGAGGGAAGAUGCUAGAAGCAGAAUAUUAUCUGCAGAAGUUUGGGACAUGGGCCACGAGAGCCGGGAGCUUUGGGAGUUGGGUGGAGGGAGGUUAAGCUCGGGGGAAAACUGGCAUGAGAGUGGAAGCUUUCCCUGACCCAGUCAUCUGAGAAAUUGGCAAUGGAAUGAAUACUGUGUGUAAUAAAUAUGCUGAAAGGCGGGGGAGGUGAGGAUUUUCUUGGUUGGAGUUUGCCCUGACCUAAUAUGACAUAUUGCUUCCAAAGGAGUUGUGAUAUUUUGUCUAAAUUGAAAUUUCUAGACUAGCACUAUCCAGUAUUUCUAGAAAUAUAGAAAUAUAAUUUGAGCUACAUAAGUAAUUUAAAAUUUUCUGGUAGCUACAUAAUAAAAACAAACAGAUGAGAUUUAUUUUAGUGACAUCUUUUAACCCAGUAUAUCCAAAAUAGUAUCGUUUCACAUAUACAACAUGAAAGAUAGUUGAGGUAUUACUUUUUUUGUAUAAAGUCCUUGUACAAUAAGAAAUGUAUUUUAUACUUAGAGCCCAUCUCAGUUUGGACAAGCCACAUCUCACGUGCUCAGUAGCCACAUGUCACUAGUGGCCAUCCGUAUUUGGACUGUGUAGUUCUAAACUAUUGAGUCUGUAUAAACUUGUCUUACGCCCUCAGGCACAUGUGUGCACGCAUACACUAAAGCAGUGAGAAUUGAGUACUCAAACUCAGAAACCAGGAUGCCCUGAAGUGUGGUCUCCUUGCUUCUCAGCUAAAGGAUCUGAGUCUCCACCCCCAUUGGCACACGGGGAUUUGUUCGGAUCCCAUGCAUGGGGGAUUUCAGAGCAGAUUCAUUGAACUAACUUGGUGUUUUAGAACAUUUUCAUGCACAGAACUCAACCCCCUAAGGUUCCCUGAAAAUGGCCUAGUCUCAGAGAGACUGAAUUCAUAGUUACUGUUUUUUCAGUUGGGUUUGUAUCAGACAGUUUUCAUAAGUUGUCCUGAAGCAUCUUCCUCGGUAACCACCUGAGUAUUCAGUUCGGUAAGCGUUCAGAGGACUUGCUGUGCAGUGAGGCAGUCUGCAUUGUAAUUCAUGCACAUACAGUACUUUUACACGCCUCUUAAUCUACUAAAGGAGUACCCUUUGAGCCAUAUCGUACUAUGAACCACAUUGUUCAUCAUAUCUAGAGCAGAAAGGACCUCUUAGAACUUUGCUCCAGAGGAGUGGAGGAGUAUUUGAGGCCCUGCCCUGCCCUGCCCUGCCCCCUUCCCCGACCUCUCACUUCUCUGCCUGAUUCACAGCAUCGGAGCUCAGAUUGAUGCCGAGCGCCAGUCUAAGCAUUUGCUGUCUUCUGACGUGUACAACCUUCCUAGACGCAGGGAGAGGUAAUUGGAUUGUUCGGAGUACAUUUACUGUACGAGUACAGCACGGAGCCAGAUCACUUCCCAGUAGCCUCAGGGGAAGCAGAGUUGGUUAUGGAUUCCAAAGGGGGACUGUGGGAAUUGGAGGGAGACUACAAAUUCAGGAAUAAAGUGAAAGGACAGACUCAUUCUCUCUUUUAAAUGAGAAGUUCUGGCCACCACAGAAAAUCCUGGGUGGUUUAAGGAAUGCCAGGCGUUCUGUGAACUACUUUUGUACAACCCCCUGUGUGUUUCUCAAGGCCCCUGGGGGUGUGGGGGGUUGGAACCUGGACUUGAGGAAUCCGAAGCAUGUUUGACCCUGGCUCACACUGGCAGGAAGUGUGGAGAAGCGUUUCCCCUCAUCUCUACGUGGAGAUAAUACUAGUGCAUCAGCCUGACUGCCAUUCAGCUGUGUGUGAGGGAAGACGCCAGAUGUUCUUUCUGGCUUGCUCAAGGUAGAAGUUUUCUCUCAAAAGGAAUUGAGGUACGGGUGCCUGGGUGGCCCAGUCAGUUAAGUGUCCGACUUUUGGUUUCCACUCAGGUCAUGGUCUCAGGGUUGUGAGAUCAAGCCCCAUGUUGGGCUCCAUGCUGGGCGUGGAGCCUGCUUAAGAUUCUUCCCGUCCCUCUGCCCCUCCUUGCUCUCUCUCUUGCUCUCUCUCAAAAAAAAAGAAGAAAUCAAGGUAAGCCGACCAGGAUGGGCAGGGAGACUUCUCAACAUGAACAGGGACCUAGGCUCCUUUUCUUUGUUGUCUGCAAUCCUCAGUGUGUGGCUUCCUCACCAUCUGGGAUGGCUGCUUGGCCUCCUGCCAUGAUCUUUGCAUUCCAACCAGCAGAAAGGAAAGGCUUGUCCCUAGCUUUAAGGAAACUUGGAAGUCCACACAGUUCUGCUUAAUCUCUGUGGCCAGAAUUUAGUCUUGUGGCCAUACUGUAAGAGAAACUAGGAAAUAAAAUUUUUAUUGUAGGGGCCACAUGUUCAGCUGGGAAUUGAGGUGCUUUAUUCUGGAAGAAAGAACAGUCUCAUUUUGUAAAAAGCAACUACCUUGUAGGGUUGUUUUGAGGACUAAAUGAGCUAGCACAUGGAAAAUGCUAGUUCAGGGUCUGGAUAUAUAUAAUAAGACACCAACUGUUAGGGUUAAAUAAAGCUCACCUCCAUAGAGCCUUUAUUAAUCCCCUUGUUUCAAGUAUUCUUUCCUUUCUCUAAAUUCCACAGUAUUACCAUUUUUAAUUGCAUUUCUCAUUCCCUAUCUUUUAUUUACAUCUAUCUUACGUUAUGUCAGUUAGAUUCUUUCUGUGGUAAGAAAGUUUGCCUCAAAAUGAUACAGGGAAUACUAGCUCACAUAACUGAAAACAAUCCAGUGGUAGGACAGAAUUCAAGUAAGGUUUCAUCAAGGCCUUUUCUGUACUCUCAGCUGACCUCUCCAGGGGUCAGCUUUCUUCCAAGGCUGCCCUCCCCCAUGGAUGAAAGCAGCUGUUGAAGUUACAGAUUUCCUUGCUCAUAUCAAAGGGAAUAAAUUAAACUUUGAGUCCCUAGCUUUACUCUGACCCAAACAUCCUGAACUAAUCACAAUGGGCGGUGGGGGGAGGGACCCACACACUGAGUGGCUUAGGUCUGCCCAUCCGAUGUGGCAAGAGCCAUGGAUUACUCUGGAGUUAGAGUCAGGGUUGUCCCGUUAGGACCACAUGGCUGCUCUAUGUGGGGUGGUUUUCCAAAGCAAAGUCAGAGGGGCAGUGGGUGCUGGGUAGGCAAGCAACAAACUCCCACUAUACCAAGUCUACUAAAGCCUAAACAUGGGGCAUCAGAUUCGUUUUGUAGCUCUCCACAGCAUCUAGCACAGCGUGUGUGUCUAGCGGUGUAUUGUCAAAUAUUUGCUGCAUUUAAGGAUGAGUAAAUUUGACAACACAGAUGGCUGGCUGGUGGAGGAAUGAUUCAAUGUAAUCCACUAGUCAGUAAAUAGAAUAACUGGUGUCAGAUCCUCUCCCUGUCUUGGUGGCAUAAAGGGGUAGGGGCUAAAGAGCAGGAGGGAAGGUGUCAACACAGAAGGGACCAAGGAGGGGCGGCUUGCCCAGUGGACCUGUCCCUGAAUGAACACAAGGAGAAGCUGAGACCCCAGGAAAAUAGCCUCAGGAAAGUAACCCCACUGGGUUCACCCACCCUGUCACUCCUGUGGUCUGCCUAGUACUGGCUGGUGGGGUUUUGUUGUUUUGAACAUUAUGGGUUUAGAUAUAAUGGAGCCUUGUUCAUGAUUCCAAACUGCCCUUUUAGCUUCUAUUCACAGAAAAGCUUUCCUGUCCCUGUAGGGGAGGGAGCUUCCUGUGGUUUCGGAUCUCCUUUCCACUACUUUCAAGUUGUUUCUCCCAAAACUUCUACUCUGGCAGGCUCUGGAGAGAAACCUGCUCCGUUGCUGUCUCUCUCCUGCUCUGCAGACUCUCUUCUCAUUUCUCAGGUUUCAGAGUAUGUCGGCUAGCAGGUUCUCAUUGUUACAGAAGGAUGCUUUUCACUCUAGCAGAAAAUAAUAAAUUCAUCAUCCAAACCAAAUUUAGCCUCUGAAACACCCACUCUUCAUCCCACCUACUUGGCAGGAAAUUUGAUCCAUAGUAAUUUCAGUCCCCAGAUACCUCCAGGAUCAAGAGGCCUCGGGGGUUAGCCAGUAGGAAGACCUCUACCCUUCGUCACUGUUUAAGACUUGACCAUUAUAGGGGCACCUGGGUGGCUCAGUCAUUAAGCGUCUGCCUUCUGCUCAGGUCAUGAUCCAAGGGUCCUGGGAUUGAGCCCCAUGUUGGGCUCCCUGCUCAGCGGGAAGCCUGCCUCUCCCUCUGCUGCUCCCCCUGCUCGUUCUCCCUCUCUCUGUAUCUCUAAUAAAUAAAAUCUAAAACAAAAAAAAAGUUGACCAUUAUAAUGGAGCUUCCAUCCCCACCAAGAUAACAAAACUGUCUCACUAAGGUCACCGCACCACCACCUAGCCAGCACAUUCACUGAUCGGAUUGGCCCUUGUCCUCACCGGCCUGUCAGCCUUAGUACCCCAAGGUGUUCUCCUCUGGCUGGCCUCCCACCUCUCCGCCUGUACCUUCUCACCAGUCAGUGGCAUGGAGGCAGCCACCGCUUAAUUGUUGCUCUGCCCGGGGCUCUGCCUCUCCCUGAACACUUAAGAGCCUAGGGAGUGACCUUUCCACAAGCCUCUCCCAUGAGUUGUGUCUCCAACCCCUGACACUGUCCUUCCUGAGCCCUGAGCCCCAAUCUCCACUUAGAUGUCCUCCACUGUCUGCCUUUGUCUGAGCCCCCUCCUCCCUGCAUCCACCAAGGCACCCGCUCCUGACAAUGCUGAGUCACCCGAGCCAGUCCGCCCUCAGUCCCCAAGUGAAUUCCAUCACUUCUGUACCAUCUGGGUACUCCUUGCCAGGACUUCUGGCCAGCCUCCCUGCACGCCUCUCUUCAGUGUUGCUGGGAUGUCAGGCCCACCUUUGACACAGCCACUCUCCCAUAGGGAUUCCCUGGCAUCUUCCUGUCCCUCCUGGCUGCAGAGUUGGGCCCCCUCUUGUUACUCCCUCUCCCCACCCCUUAGUCCCGCACAACCACAGCUGGUGCUCCAGCCUCACGAAGGUCGUGCUUCUGUAAUUUUCUCAUUUGCGCAUGGAAUGCUGCCCUCCCUCCCUCACCUCUUCGGGACUUCUAGAGUCCCGGGUUGGGGAGGCUUUCUCCCUUAUAGCCUCAACCUCUUUGGGAAGCUCCCAUCUCCAGCACUGUGCAGGGUGGAGGGGAUGAUCUAGCUGCGGACCCAGCUCCUUCACUGGGGGCCUCUCAGACACACAGGCUGUCUUACUGCCUGCUGGCUUCCCAGGCCUGAGCAUGUUGCUCGCAGGGAGCAGCUCACCAGUGAACACUGGGGAAUGCCCCUGC